CGCCCGGCCGGUGCAAGCCGCACAUGAGCCGCCGCACAUGACUCCGUCGUCAAAUCCUGUGGCCCGGUUGAAAGGCGAUGUUCGAUGAAAGGUCGCAGCCAGACAGUGAUGGGACGGCCGAUGGCGAAAGUCAGGCAGCGGCAGAUGAGGAAGACGUCGAUGACGACCGCAUCGCUUUCGCCAGUCACGAAAGUGGGACUGAAAACACAGUACAUGCAGAGGAACGAGCCGUGCAGGAGCUUCUGGAGAAAUACGCCGAGGUCAACCCUGACGACUUCCCCUCGUUUCGUCUGCCAGUCUUCUUGGCCGACAAGAUGCAGACUACUUGGCAGGCCUUUUUGCAGAAAUACUCCUCCAGAGAGUUCGCAGGUGAAGCUAUCUUCGACUCUAUCAUGGAGGAAGCACCUACGCUACAAGGUAUGUUCAAGAUGCCAAGGUCGGUCUUCGGGAUUCGUUUCACCAUGAGCUUCACGAACAUCAUCGGAAAUUGCAACGAUGCGGCGCUCCUGAAGAGGUUAGUUGAGACCCUGGGUUUCCAACACAUGGAUUUGGAGGUCACCGGGCCUCGCGUGGGAGUUAUUCGAGAUGCCAUUAUGGCAGUGGUGGAGAACGAGCUGGGGGUAUCUCUGGAGCCUGUCGUGGGCCGUGCUUUCAAGGCAAUUCUGAACUACACCGGCGGCGCCUUCAUUUUUGUGAAGCGCGAACUGGGCGGUCGGAUCAGGAUCAUCCAGCGAAGCUGGCGGAUCGCGAACCGUAAUGAGCUACAAGAGGGUGAAGAUCCUACUGGAAGCCAACUGGGGACCAUGGAAGAAGUCCAGGAGGAAGUAGAAGAGGAGGAGUAUCUGACGAUGCAGGACAACGAGGAAAUUGCUGCCAUUCUUGACGCCAAUGGUGACAAGGGCCAGAACGCAAAGGUUCCGUCCACCUUCCCCGAGAUGUUCCUCUUCAAUGCUGCAGUCAUGGGCUUUAGCGAAAGUAAGUGGAUGAAACAGGUGCUGGCUUCGCUGGAUGCUAUCGCCACGAAUGUGGCAAAUUCAGCGAGACUUCAGGAAGAGUGCGACGUGCUGUCUUUGGUUCUUGCCAAGUACAAGGGAGUGAUCAACCUCCCAGAGUUCAAGGCGGUGAUGUUAGCGUCGCUACGCUCCGUGGUCCCGCAAGACUGGGAUAUGGAACAUGAAACUGCAUGGACCUGGCUUUGGGAAAACGUCGAGCGAAUGCUGACGGCCAUGAUGGGCACUCCCCUCCGCUAUGAGAAGGCCUUGCGGAACUGGUUGGGCGACAUCAGCGAGGAGACCCGGAUGAAGUGGCGAAGGCUGGUCUUCUCCAAGCUCUUCAAGACCACCCCGGCGGCACAGAACUAUCUGAAACAGUCGACGGGCCGAUUGCAUUUCAUUGCAGAUCGGAUCUUGGAGAUGACCUUGGAACUCUACAUGGAUCCUUUGACCAUGGUCGAUCAGAUUUCUGCCUGUGGCCUCCGACACGUCGGCUACGGCGUGCCCACAGAGCUUUUUGUGCCACUGGUGGCGGCCUACACCGAUGCACUGGAGGAUUCCAGCAAGGGAGCAGAGAAGACAAACCAUGUCCAGUCGUUUCGCUGGUCCUUGACGCUGAUCUCAAAGAUGUUGAUCCGUGUGAUCACCGAAGGCUCAACAGUUGUUAUGAAAGCCAUCAAUACCAAUCACGAAGCCGCGCUGAAGAAGGCAGUGGCCAUCAUCCCCCGUGGUCAACGAGCCACGGAUUUGCUGAACGUCUCCUGUGGCACGCAGUCCAUCUCCCCGCUGUAUUGGGCGAUUGACAGCGGCAGCCUGAACUGUGCAAAAGCGAUCAUUGAGGAUUUGCUGACAAUUCGGGCAGAUCGAGACGUAUAUUACUAUGGCUGCGACGCGUUGUUCACGCGACAUCCGGACUUGAUCCAUCAGAUGUGUCUAAGUGCUCCGACGCUGCUGCAGCCUCUGUUGGAUGGCCUGGUGUGGCGCUCCCGAAACACCAUGGAUGGCAAGCGCCGGGUCAAUUACUAUGUGAAGCACCUCGUGCAGGAUCUGGAUGGCAACUUCAGUGAAACACUGAGUUGGCUGGUCGAGUACCAGGAUCCGCAUGUGGUGAGCCAUCCCGCUGCCGCGCUGGCGGCUGAUUUGAUCUGGUUCCGUUUUGCCGUCUUUUACUUCCUUCGAGGACGUUGCUAUUUGCUCUUCACUCUUUGCAUCUUCAUCGCCGGCCAAGCAGUGCUUGGAAACGGCGAAGAAAGCUUUGAGGAGAAUGUGGCAAUUUUCAGCUGCCGGUGUUUCCUCUACUUCGGCAGCAUGUGUCAACUCCUCUACCAGCAAGUGAAGUUAGCUUACGUGGAUAUCAAACGAGGUGCCAUCAAUCGGUCCUAUGUUUUCCCGAUUCCUGAGUAUCUCUUUGAUGUUCAGCAGGCUUUGUACAUGACGUUGGUUUUCGCGCUGAUAGUGAUGUUCUUUCUGGAGCCCAUUCUUUGGUGCAUCAAAGACAGUGCUGCGUUGGGCACAGAGAUGAACAACUCGACGGGAACCUACAUCUUCACUGAAAACUGUGCAGAGGCUCAGGACAUGGGCGCCUACUACAUUUUCUCCUGCCUGGCCAUGCUGCUGUAUUGGGCGCUUUUGGUGGACUUUGCCGUCAUCUCCAUGCGCCUGUCUGCCUUUGUCUUGGUGUGCAGUCGCGUGAUGUCCGAGGUGGGACUUUUCUUCUUAGCUUUGUCCUUCUUGAUUGUGGCUUUUGCCACAGCCAUUAGCUCUCUCAACCACUCGCUGCUGGAAUACGACGGUGUCCAUCUCUGGUUGGGCACUCUUCUCCGAAUCUCUUUAGGCAUGUUCCCAGCUGCUGACUACCUGCGCUUCAAAGACGAGGUACCGGUCUUUGUGGCGAUCUCUGCAUUUGUGGCGGUUGUGUUCGUAGUGAUGUUGAACUUGCUGGUUGCACAGCUGACCGAAUCUUUUCACUCAAUGUUCAAAGACAGUCAAGGCUAUGCCCGGCUGAACCGGGCUGCGGUCGUGGUAUCAGUCAUGGGCCAGGCUACACAGAAGAGAUGGGCUCGUUUUCUCCGGAAGAUGGGCUUCGAGGAACGCCUGGAGUUCAACCAAGGGGAUAUUGGUUUUGCCGGAGGCAUCCAAAUCAUGGAGCCUGCGAACGCCAGCACCGUGACCACCGAGAGCAUCAAGCGCUACGGCGGCUCCACGGCGCCCAGCAUGCCGUGGCCGGAGG